AUGCGUGGUGACUUAGAUUGGUUCAAGCAGUGCUGGCAGUUCGAGAAGCGGGGGUGGAUGGCCAUAGAUUGCUGCUUUUUCUGCGACGCCAAGUCGAAGGGGCAAACCAAUCCUUAUUCCGAGUGCGGCGUUGAAGCUCAGUGGAACGAAACUGAGUUUACAGAAGCUUGGGAUUGGGCAGCUCACGUCUUGCCUGAUCGCUUGUGCCCACUUCUUGCAACCCCUGGGUUCUCUGUGGACACAAUUCGGCUGUGCAGUAUGCACACCUUUUGUUUGGGCCUUCUGCAAACAGCAAAUGGAUCAAGCCUGAUCAACCUUAUAGAGCACGGGUACUAUGGGAAUCCUGACGGGCCUUUGGACAAAAACCUCAUUUGCCUGUACCAGGACUUCAAAGCAUGGUGCAAGCUCCACAAGAUUUACACGAGCCAGCGGCAGUUCUAUCCUGGCUUGGUGAUCAAAUCGAACAACAAUGUCACUAUGACCCACAAAGCAUACAAUGGGCGUGUGCUGUGCGCCUACACGGCGGAGGCUUCGCGUCUUGCCUUAGAAGGGAGAGACCCCGAGGGCCUGAACAGAUUGUUCGGUCAGUGGCGGAAAGCCAACAGGCAUGCUGGCCAGCCGGAUCCGAAGAUGCCCCUGCAAGCUGCGACAAUGUCAGCUGCUGAGAGGUGGUGUGGCCUGAUUGAACGAGCCGGAAGGUACCUGCACCUCGCAUUGUUUAGUGGAAUGUUUGUGGGGGUCUUGGUCAUGAGGUUUUCCACCUUACCCCUGAUUUCUCUGGGCAAGUGA